UUGAAUACAGUUUUGCAUUUCAUGAAAAAGUCCGACUACAUCUACAGCUGAGUGGUUCGGGUCGUAGAACGUGACAGUGAUGAAACCUGCGAUAGCCAUCACAUUGGUUUUUCUGGCAUGUUGCAGUAAUGUAGUAUUCUUAGAAUUCAUGGUCAGUGAAUUUCCAGGAAGUGGUAAUCUCAUAACAUUUUCUCAGUUUCUUCUCAUCAGUAUUGAAGGUUUUGUCUUCACAGCAAAAUGUGGAACCAAAGCACCAGUAAUACCAUUCAGAUAUUACCUGUUCAUGGUGACCUUGUUUUUUGCUAUUCAAGUGGGUUCUAAUGCCGUCUUCAGCUUUAACAUCUCCAUGCCUCUCCAGAUGAUAUUUCGAUCAGGUUCUCUUGUGGCCAACCUGAUUAUGGGAAUGAUCAUAUUGAAGAGAAGCUACAAAAUGAGCAAGUUUGUAUCGGUGGCUCUGAUUACAUGUGGGAUCAUCAUAUGCACUCUGUCAUCAGCAUCUCAAGUAGAAUCUCAUCCAAACCACACUGGAGAUGUAAUGUAUGAUUUUCUCAUAUGGCUUGUUGGAUUAGGUAUGCUAGUGUUUUGCCUCAUGAUGACCGCAUGGAUGGGAAUAUUUCAAGAACAGACAUACCAGAAGUUUGGAAAACACCCUAGUGAGGCCUUAUUCUACAAUCACUGUUUACCACUUCCACUUUUUUUGUUCCUUGCCAAAGAUAUUUACAAUCACGUAAUACUCUUAAACAGCUCAGAUCCUGUGUUAAUACCCAUUCUGGAGUUUAGUAUACCAAAAAUGUGGAUUUUCCUCAUCUUCAAUAAUAUUACACAAUAUAUUUGUAUUCGAUCAGUGUUCAUCCUAACCACAGAAUGUCAGUCAUUGACUGUCACGUUGGUUGUCACUCUCAGGAAAUUCAUCAGUUUAAUAUUUUCAGUCCUUUAUUUCCAAAAUCCUUUUACAGUUUACCACACUAUAGGUGCCAUUUUGGUUUUCUUCGGUACUCUCUUAUUUACCGAGAUUAUACCAUUGGGUAAAGCUAAAAUUAAAGAACAUUGAUGGCAGUUAUAUUACAUGUGUUAUACACUUUAUUUAUUGAUAGUGUACUGAUACAGUAAAUCAAAAUAUUAGUGUCUGUAAGAUGUUUGUGAAUUGCACAAUUGUAUGCCUCCAGUCGUAUUUUAUUCUGUUAUGAUAUAUAGAGAUUAUUUUCAGAGCUUGUGUGUCAUACUGAUUUUACGAAACGAGUGUCAGGAUUUGUAUGAUUAUUAUUAACCUACUUAUUUUGAACCAUGUGGAUAAUAAAGUUUACUUAUACUGGCUUGCAAAUUUUGCAUUAAAAUGUUGCUAAAUAAAUAACAUUUAACAUCACAAACAACAAAAUAUAUUUGGUUUCUGUGGUUUUAUUUUAAUUUGGUAAAGUUUUAGAACCUUUGAUUUUAAGUGAUUACAUAAGGAAUGUGUACAAACUGUCAUCACAAUAGACAAUGUACUCGGCUGGUCUUGUCUGCAACAAAAUAUAUUUGAUUUUUGUGGGUUUAUUUUAACAUGGUAAACUUUUAAAACCUUAAGUUUUGAAGUGAUCACAUGAGAAUUAUGUACACAGUAUAAUCACAAUAGGCAAUAUAUACAGUACUAAGCUGGUCUUGUGUGCAUCAAAACAUUUCAUUUGAAUUUUCAUAGAGUAUGUACACCAAUAAAACACUCAACAUUCACUAAAGUUUUACAUAACAUUUCAUUUGAAUUUUCAUAGAGUAUGUACACCAAUAAAACACUCACAUUCACUAAAGGUUUACAUAACAUUUUCUCCGCCAUUAUGUUUGUUACCAUACUCGCUUUGCUGUAUUUAUUUUCAAAUUGUCACAUCAGUUAUAAUUCAUUUGAAUGGAGAGGUUAUUCAAUGCUUUAAAAAAAAAAAAAAAUCAUUUAUCAUAUAAAUAUCUUACAUUUUUCAGUGCAAUCAAAGUAUGUGAUAUUUUUGCAAAUUAGAUGUAAAUUAGUGGAGGUCUCGGCACUAGGUUUAUUGACAUUUAAGCAAUCGUACUUGGGUGACACUCCAUGACUGACGUAUGCAUUCAUAGUCGUCAAAUAAAAACAUUUCAAUGGCAAUUUGACACUGAAAGCUGUGGCGUAUUGCAUGUAUACUGAGGUUUAAUGAGAGUUACUUCCCUUUUUGGAUCCUUCGAGGUAAAGAUUGGUAAUAUUUUAAUCUCCAGUUGGUGAACUUAUUUGUUACAAGGGCAGAAUUUUGUCUUAUUCUAAGGUUGCAAGUUAAACAUUGUUUUUUCCGGUUUAAUUUCUACAGUGUCUAAUGUUUGUACCUGUAUGCUUGGCUAUGUAAAAACAAUGAUUUUGAGAUACCAAAAGAAAUCCACGUUAAUUUGAGACUGGUCAUAAUUACGUACUGGGUAUUUGCUUGUUAAUUCUUUAGUGCUAAAAUAUUACAGCAACUGUGUUAUUUUGUUGUUAAUUAAUUGAUGACCACAAUUGUCGAGUUUGCUAAAUUUGUUUACUGUUAAUAAAUCAUGUAUGUAAAAUGAUA